UUGCACUUGGAAGAAUUCAGCAGCAUAUAGGGGCUGGAGGAAGUCUGUGGAAUGAAUGAGGAAAGAGAUGGAAAGAUUUGAUCAUGAAAGAAGGAAGGAAGAAGAAAGGUUGAUGUGUGAACAGCAGAUAGAGGAGGAGAGAUUGCUACGUGAGCAAAGGCGUUAAUCAGAGUGACGGGAGAAGUAUUUACAGAAAGAAUCUAUUAAGGCGGAGAAAAAGAGACAAAAAGAAGAGCUUCGUCGAAAAAAGAAGCGGAGAGACGAAAAGCUGCAGUGGAGAAGGCCACUGCUCGCAGAAUUGCCAAGGAAUCCAUGGAGCUUAUGGAGGAUGAACAGCUGGAGCUGAUGGAAUUGGCCGCUGCAAGCAAGCGUGAUUGUGGAAGACCUCCUAUACCUAGAAAAGACCCAGGAGCAAAACCUGAAGAGGAGCCUCUAUUAUCAAAUCACCCUUAUGUUGAUAAGUUGUGGCAGAUACAUGUCGCUGAGCAAAUGAUUUUGGAUGAUUUGGAGGCCAAUCCUGAGAAGUACCAAAACCAAAAAUUAUCUGAGUUGGUUGAUGAUGAUUAUGAUGAAGAGAAGAGUGUUGAAUAUACUAAGGCUUACUAUAAGAAGUCCUUAAUACCAAAAGUUAUUCUGAAAACUAGUGUGAGAGAACUUGACUUGGAAGCAGCUUUAGCUGAGCGUGAGUUCCAUAAGAAAAUGAGAAAAGAAGCAGAAAGGGGAGAGGCAUAUAAAAUUUCCAAAUUCAGGCGAAAUAUUGAGAUGGAUGAGUAUGACUUGAUGCAUUGGCGUCGGUCAUUUGAAGAAAGAAGCCUUGAUCAGGGAUAUCAGCUGCCGACAAGCCCUGGGCCUGCCACUGGAAGAGCCAGGGAGAUAUGUAGACAGCGGUUACUUUGGCAAGGAUCAAUACGAUCCUUCAAACCCUUUAUAUAGAUAUGACUAUUGGGGCGAACCGGAGAACUCAGAGAAAAGCAAGCAACAGAGGAUGACGGACGCCCACAACAAAUCCAUGGUUGGCAAGGGUGUCGUGUGGUAUGAAAUGUCUUAUGAAGAUGCCAUCAAGCAAAAGAUGCAGAGAGAAGCCGCAUCAAAGGAGUGAUGCAAAAAGAUUUCG